AUGGGUGAAGAUCAAAAGCUAUCUGGCGUCUUCAUCAGCAAGCUCACACACACCGCAAACGCGCAACGUCUUCUAUUUGAAUUAGCGGCAAUGCAGGAUUUGGAUUCGAGUUUGGACUCGGAUCUGCUCAAUUUUGACACUCUUUUCGCCUCCAGUAAUGACGAAGAAGUGAAUAACUUAUGGGCAUUAACCGCGACUUCAGGUAUUUGCCACGAUGACGAUCUACUUGACGUUGCUGAUCUCGAACCUCUCAGUCCAAUGAAAGACAAAACUCCUAUAGAUCAGGAGCAAGUUCAAGUACAACAGGAACCUUUGCAUAAUCUCGGACUAACGAUCAACACCAAGCUCGAUAACAGCUCUACGAAAGGACGGCUAGCACAGUUUCACAACCUUAAGGCGAAUGGGUCCCCUACAUCCGCGUUGCCGACACGUUUUGCGUUGCUUUCCACGACGUGCGUUUACGAGCCGGGAUUUACGACAUCGCCACGAGGGAAGCGCCGAAUUAGCCAAACGCACGAUACACAAAUUGUUGAUCCACAAGAGGACAGCGAAGGCGAAGAUGGAAAUGGAGACGAAGUAGCAGACGAUGAAAACCACGAACCGUUCAUUCUUUCGGGUGCUGAUGACUACGGUCUACCAGUUUUUACAGACGCCGAACUAUCAGCCAUGGUGGAGUCGUCUUUGAACACGUCGUCGACUUCGAUCUCUUGUGCGGCCCUACUUUCGCCGCGUGGGCUUGCUAAUGAAGAAACUUCACGCAGCAACCCUACUUUUCUGGAUGUUGCAAAUACUUUACCAAUUAGUGCAGAGGCUGGUGGAACCGAACACGCUAAUUCGUUUGUCGAUAACAUGCUGAGCACCAGCUACGACAACACGCAAAACUUUCCAGAAGCGCAGCAUCGAACUAUCGAUCUCACGGGCAUUGCAAACAGCAGCACUGCUGUGCCAUCUUACAGUAUAGCUGCAGCCAGUCCGGCCAUGUUUGCUGCCGAACCGGUCCAAUCGCUCAAUACGACGCCUGUUUUGCCAGUCUCGAUCGCACCAAACGACGCCGCUGGCACCCCACUUGACCACUUUUCACCCUCGGGCUAUGCAGCGGCGGCAAACGAGUUUUUGGACAGCUACAGCCAACACGUGCAACCAUUUUUCUUGAACCCAGGUGCAGGUCUUUACCAAAAUCAGCCAACCCAGACAACUACUGCCAACGCUCAAUUCGCGAUGGCGAUGGCGAACCCAUCUGUCAUGGACACGAUGUUCAAAAUGAACGCAAACUAUAGAGUGCCUGCUGACCACGGAGCUGGUUCUGUGCCCCCUCCAACGCAAGUGAAAGCAGGAGCGACUUUGAAAUUACGAUUGCCUCCCUCUGCUUCUGCACCUGUGAGGGGCAAAGGCAAACGUCUUGCCGUCACCCCGGACAUUGCAGAUUUUAAGCUCGUGCAGAUUUUUCACGAGUUUUGCGAUCCGAUGACAAAGGUACUUACACCGCUGCGAUUCCAGCAAUUGUUACUGCAUCAUCAGAUCACAAAGGAUCCUGCAAGUGAGUUCGACUCAGCAACGGAUGUGUCUGCUGACGUUCAAAAGCUGUUUACAGUGCUAGAUACUAAGGGCGUGGGCUUACUUGACCUUGAACGUUUCAUGCACUCGUUUCAGAUUUGUAAUCGCUGCACGGAGGCCAAGCGUCGAGCUCACCAAGCUUUAUGUGCCAGUCAAGGCCAGGCAUUUACACCCACGUCACUCGAACGACAAUUGAUGGAGGACGUGGCUCCUGUUGUUGUGCGAGUGGUACCUACGAGCUUUGAAGGACACAAAGUCAAAAGUUGUGACCACUAUCAAUGGACCUGGUGUGAAGGCUUUGCCAAGACCGGCAAUGAAAAGUGCCGAGGCACUAAUCGCCAUGACAAAUGUCCCAAGUAUCUUGCCAAUUGCACUCUUUGGAAACAUAAACUUCCACCAAAAAGCCGCAAGCCAAGAAUUUUGUUGGAAAAUGUCGACUCGCCUACGAAGAAGAUCAAACAUUUUUCCUGA